GAGCAGCAGCCACCUCGAACAACAAGGAAGUGGCCAAGUGGCACACUCCAGUCGAGAUGGCACCGAGUGGACUAAAAGCGGUCGUAGGCGAAAAAAUCAUAAAUGGAGUUAUCAAGAGUGUGAAGAAAGAUGGUGAAUGGAAGGUUCUCAUUGUUGACCACCUGAGCAUGAGAAUACUAUCCUCCUGUUGUAAGAUGUCUGAUAUUUUGGCAGAAGGUGUUACAAUUGUGGAGGACAUCAACAAGCGCAGAGAACCAAUAUCAAGUCUGGAGGCUAUUUAUUUGAUCUCCCCCAUGGAGAAGUCUGUUCAAGCUCUGAUUAAUGAUUUUAAAGACACUGCCUUUACUUACAAAGCAGCACACAUCUUCUUUACGGAUGCUUGUCCAGAUGGGCUGUUUGCUCAGAUUGGGAAAGCCAGAGUUGCUAAAGUGAUCAAAACUUUGAAAGAGAUCAAUGUAGCUUUUCUGCCAUAUGAGUCCCAGGUCUUCACCCUAGAUGACCCAGGCUCUAUGCACUCCUUCUACAGCUCAAAGCCUACUCUGGACAGGGACAAAAUGAUGGAAAAUCUUGCAGAGCAGAUAGCCACUCUGUGCGACACACUGAAGGAAUACCCCGCCAUCCGAUACCGCAAAGGACCAGAGGAGAAUGCUCGACUGGCAAAUGAAGUCUACCUGCGUCUGAAUGCUCACAAGGCUGACAACCCAAGCAUGGGAGAGGGUGCAGACAAGGCAAGAUCCCAGCUUUUGAUUGUUGAUCGUGGUUUUGAUCCUCUUUCACCCAUCCUGCAUGAGCUGACCUUUCAAGCUAUGGCUUAUGACUUGUUAGAAAUCAAUCAGGAUAUCUACAGAUAUCAGACCACAGGCAUUGGAGAUGCAAAGGAGAGGGAAGUGUUACUGGAUGAAGAUGAUGAACUUUGGGUUCAGCUCAGACACAUGCACAUAGCUGAUGUCACCAAGAAAGUGACAGAACUUUUACGUGGGUUUUGUGAGAGCAAGAGAAUGUGCACUGACAAUGCCAACAUUAAAGAUCUGUCCCAGAUGUUGAAGAAGAUGCCACAAUAUCAGAAAGAGCUUAGCAUGUACUCUACUCACCUGCACCUGGCUGAAGCUUGUAUGAAGAAAUUUAAGGCCUCUCUUGAUAAACUUUGUGAGGUAGAACAGGAUCUCGCUAUGGGAGCAAAUGCAGAAGGGGAGCCUCUAAAAGAUGCGAUGAAGAGCAUUGUCCCUGUGCUGCUUAACAAUGAAAUUGAAGCCUAUGACAAAAUACGCAUCAUACUGCUGUACAUAUUUCACAAGAAGAAGGGCAUCGGUGAAGAGAACCUUGCCAAGCUUAUCCAACAUGCUAACAUACAGGAGGAUAGAGGGAUCAUAACUAACUUGCAGAAUCUGGGCUGCAACAUCAUUGCUGGGGGAAGAAAUGCCGGAAAAACUCUACCAGACCGAAAGGAGCGCACAGAGAGCACAUACCAGCUUUCAAGAUGGACACCCACCAUUAAAGAUAUCAUGGAGAAUGCUGUAGAUGACAAACUGGACAAAAAGCAAUGGCCUUUUGUUGCUGAUCCAGCUCCAAUCAAUACAACUACCACUGCAGUCAGUAGUGCACGUUUUGGACACUGGCAUAAGAACAAGUCUCCAACAGAAUAUCGAUCUGGCCCUCGUCUCAUCAUUUUUAUUAUUGGAGGGUUGUCCCACUCAGAAAUGCGUUCGGCUUAUGAAGUCACUCGAGCUACUGACGGAAAGUGGGAAGUGGUCAUUGGUUCAUCUCAUAUAUUGACUCCCACCAUCUUUCUAAACGACCUGAAGAGUCUCGACCAAGUUCCAAACCCUGACAAUUAGAAAUAUCUGCCCUGGCAUUUCAGAGCAGGCUUUGUUAGGAGUAUAUAAUGUUUAUAAUGACUAAAUAAAGAAGUGAUUAUUUUAAUGUUAAUUAAUAAAUGGGUUGCCUAGACUGCCAUGGUAAAUAGUUCUUGAAUGAUAGAUGCACGCAUUAAAAUAAUUUUGUGUUUUGUUAUAUUUUGUUUUCCCUCGAUCUUCUCUUAAAAUCUUUUUUCCACUACUUUAGGUCACAUUCUGUUAUGAAUAUACACUGGAUUUGUUAGAGGAAUAUACACACAUAUAUAUUUAUAUAAAUCAUGUGAUGUUUUUUCUUGUUUUUUCUGCUGUAUGAAGUAUUACCACUUUUGGUACUUGGCUUGAAACAACUGUGAUAAAAAUUAAAAUGAUAAUAAAACU